AUGUAUCUAAAACUAAAAAGUGGCAAGAAAGGAGACACAAAACUACAGAUUCAGGACGCUGUGAUCCAGCCGGAUCAACAUCAUUCGUGGUCCACGGUCAGCAUACCAGGAACGUCAACCAUCGUGGAGGCGAUCGACGUCAGCACAGAAGUUCAAACCAAGAUAGAAACUCUUGUAGCAGGAACCGAAAUCGAAUCGUUGCACGAGUCGGAGCGUCAGCUUUUUGAGACUUCAUAUUUUGAUUUAAUUGAUGAGGUAGAGACUUAUAUUGAGAAAUCUGGUGCAAAUCAACGUCGCGAUACACCAGUUAGUUCUAUAUCCAACAACGCACCAUGUAGUAUUAAAUUACCUACAAUUCAGUUACCCGUGUUCGAUGGCGACUAUAGUGAUUGGGUGAAAUUCCGCGAUACAUUCACAUCAGUAAUUCAUCAAAACGAGACCUUAUCAGAUGUUCAGCGAUUUCAUUACCUGAAUUCGUCGCUUCAAGGGGUCGCGGCUCGAGUCAUCCAAUCGUUGGGCGUAUCAGAGGCAAACUAUAAGGUCGCGUGGGAAUUCUUAACGGCUCGUUAUGAGAAUUCAAAGGAUCUUAAAAGACAUCAUGUCAACGCGUUAAUGGAUUUAAAACCAGUUCAGAUACAGUCAGAAAUUGCAUUGCGUCAGUUCAUAGAUGAUGCUUAUAAUCACAGAAAUGCUUUGCGAUCACUAGAGGAAGCAGUGGAUAGUUGGGACACGUUUCUCGUUCCCCUCCUAUCUAGGAAGUUAGAUGCAAUCUCCAUUAGGGAGUGGGAAAAGAAGAUUUCUUCUGACCCUCAAAUGCCUUCCUUCGUACAGUUUUCAGAAUUUGUUGAAGAGCGAUCUAAGUAUUUAGGAAAUGUUGCGAUCCAUGCUCAGGUAACAGCGCCGAGGGUUGAUCAGCGACCCCGAGCUUCAGGUAGUCAGAAGUCAAGCACGUUAGUUUCACACGUAAUCAAUACAAACGUAUGUGGCGUUUGUAAGGGAAGCCACCCAAUAUAUCAAUGUGAUAGGUUCAAGGGGUUUGACGCGGAUGAAAGGACUAAAGCUGUUCAGCAGGCCCAAGACUGUUUUAAUUGUUUACAGUCCGGACAUCGGGUCAAGGCGUGUACUCGUACUCAUUGUAGAAUAUGCGGUAAAAAACAUCAUUCAUUAUUGCAUCGCGCUGAUAGGCAUCCAGACAAACCCGCGAAGUCAAAUGAUAUUUCGACCGCAGAAUCAAGUAAUAUUUCGAGCAUAGAAUCAAGCGGUAGUUCGACCAUGGAAUCCAAAUCCAACGAAAUACCUAAUGUAGUAGCACACGUAGCAAGCAGUGCGUCGAAUCAUACAAUGCUGUCGACUGCGAUUGUUCAUGUUAAGGGCGAUCGUGGCCACGUCCAUGAUUGUAGAGUGUUGUUGGAUUCGGGGUCUCAAGCGAAUUUUGUCACGAACGCAUUUUGUAAACGAGUCGGCUUCCCACCGAUUCCCAUAGAAUCAAUUGUAACUGGUUUAGGAAGGGUUGUAAAUUCAAUCACAGGUAGAACGAAAAUGACAAUUCAUUCAAGACAUAAUAAUUAUCAGGCUAGCUUAGAUUGUUUGUCUAUAGACACUAUUACAGCAGACAUGCCCAGUCUUCCAUUGUCACGGGAAUUGAUAGAACUUCCGAAUAAUGUAGCACUUGCUGAUCCGGAAUUUAAUACUACCCGCCCAAUAGAUAUGCUCAUCGGAGCCGGCCUGUUUUGGGCAUUGUUAUGCAUCGGUCAGCAUAAGUGCCGCUCAGGUAUAAUUUAUCAGAAAACGCAACUCGGUUGGGUAGAGAAAUUCUGGGCUCUAGAGGAGGUAGAUGUACAGAGAAAAAACUUUAAUGACGAAUGUGAAUCGUAUUUUAGACAGACGACAUAUCAGGACGUAGAUGGACGUUACAUAGUUAGUAUACCAUUCAAGAAUAACGUUAGGGAUUUAGGCGAUUCGCGGCAACAGGCCGUGCGGCGCCUCUAUUCGAUAGAAAGGAAAUUAACACGGCAGCCAGACUUGAGACAGCAAUAUGUUGAUUUUAUGAAGGAGUACGAGAUGUUAGGUCAUAUGUCCCGAAUUUCAGAGUGUCCUGAUAACAAAGAACCGACAUAUUAUCUUCCACAUCAUGCCGUUUCUAAAGCGACCAGUACCACAACGAAGGUUCGCGUCGUAUUUGACGGAUCGGCAAAAUCCUCAUCAGGGCUAUCAUUAAAUGAUACGCAGUUAGUGGGACCAACAAUUCAGAGUGACUUAGUUUCAAUUUUAAUCAGAUUUAGACAACAUAAAUAUGUCCUUUCUGCCGAGAUAGCCAAAAUGUAUAGACAAGUUUUAAUUAAUCCAAAGGAUAGGCGGUUUCAGAGAAUUUUAUGGCGAUCGGAUCCUCGAUCUCCGAUCAAGGAAUUCGAAUUGAACACAGUAACUUACGGCACUGCUUCCGCCCCUUUUUUAGCAACACGCGUACUACAGGAAAUAGGUCUAAAAUGUGCUCACACUUUCCCAGAGAUCAGCAGAAUCAUAAUCAGUGACUUCUAUGUGGAUGAUUUGCUGACGGGGGCACAAAGCGCGUUAGAAAUUCAGAAAUUGAAAACUGAAAUUACAGGAGUGUUGUCUCAAGCUGGUAUGCAUCUUCGUAAGUGGGCAUCUAAUUGUCCAAACAUCCAUAUGGCUUCGGAUGGUGUAGGCAAUAGUAAAGAGAUCACAGCAGAUAAAGAUCCGAAGACAUUAGGUCUAUUGUGGGCACCAACCACUGACGAAUUAGGCUUCACAAUUAUGCCUACUACUAGUAGGCGGGUGACAAAACGAAGUAUAUUAUCGGAAAUUGCUCAGAUUUUUGAUCCGUUGGGUUUAAUCGGUCCUAUUGUGGUUACAGCAAAAUUGAUUCUUCAACGUUUAUGGCAGGUACAAGUAGGUUGGGACGAAUCCAUCCCUCAGGAGUUGUUUUCUCGAUGGUUGGAAUAUCGUCAAGAUCUCGAAAGGGUAUCAUCUUUUAGAAUUCCGCGUUGUGCAGUCUCAGUUGAGUUGGACACUACAAUACCGUUAGAAAUACACGGAUUUUCAGAUUCUUCAGAAAGGGCCUACGGUGCGUGCAUUUACCUGCGGUCCCGAAAUAAGACAGGUCAAUGGGUAAUAACUUUAUUGUGCGCCAAGUCUAGAGUGGCACCUCUUAAGUCGAUUUCCCUUCCGCGGUUAGAAUUAUGCGGUGCGCUAUUAUUAGCACAGUUAGUGGAAAAGGUUAAAGUCGCAUUGAAUUCGGUGAACGUUAGAGAACAUCUGUGGACAGACUCAACAAUAGCGCUUGCUUGGAUUCGAAGUUCACCACAUAAGUGGAAAACCUUCGUGGCCAAUCGAGUGUCAGAAAUCCAAACGCUCACAGAGAGUGGCCUCUGGAGGUACGUAUCGUCAGGAGACAAUCCUGCUGAUCUUAUUUCGCGAGGCGUUAAACCAACAGCGUUAGCGCAAGCGAAAAUUUGGUGGUCGGGUCCAUCAUGGUUGAGUAAGGAGUCAAACUUAUGGCCCAAUUUUUUAGAUGAGUGCACAAACCCUCCAGAAGAACGAACGGUUAAGAGCGUGAUGGUUAGUUUAGUGAAUCAGCAUAAUAGUAUUUUUACUAGAUUUUCGAGCUAUACGCGUUUGCUUAGAGUGACUGCAUAUUGUUUGAGAUUUAUCAAGAAUGCACGACUUAAACUUGAUGAGAAAAGAGUCAUCUCAACAGUUCCAAAUAUGGAUCUGUUAACAACAGAUGAAUUAAGACAGGCACGAACGUUUCUUGAACGUCUGGUGCAGAGGGAGGCAUUUGAGAAGGAAAUAAUAGCUUUACAAUCACGUCAAUCACUUCCAAAGUCGACCUCUCUUCUAUCAUUGAACGCAUUUUUAGACGAUAAAGGUUUGCUCAGGGUGGGCGGAAGAUUACAAAAUGCCCCGAUAAGUCAAGAUAGAAAACAACCCAUUAUAUUGCCAUCGAAACACCCGUUCACUGAUUUGAUUAUUAUACACGAACAUCAUCGAUUACUGCACGCAGGUUGUCAGGCAGUAAUCGCGUCAUUGCGUAAUCGUUAUUGGCCCCUGGCUUGUAAAAAUAAUGUAAAGCGAAUCAUACGAGGGUGCAUAAGGUGUUUUCGUGUAAACCCGACAAACGAAGUCUAUCAAAUGGGUCAGUUACCCACUUCUAGGGUAACUCCGGCAAGCCCUUUUUUCACCUGCGGGGUCGAUUAUGCAGGCCCAUUCUACACAAAGGAAAGGGUCAGAAGUAGAGUUUCAGUAAAGGCAUACCUGUGCAUUUUCGUGUGCUUCGUUACCAGGGCCGUACACAUAGAAUUAGCCACCGAUUUAAGUACCGACGCAUUUCUUAAUUGUUUUCGACGAUUCAUUGCGCGACGGGGUCGGUGUCAGUAUAUCGUAUCGGACAACGGUACAAACUUUGUUGGUGCACGUAAUGAGUUAGACGAGCUUAGAGUGUUACUCAGAAAUAAAGAACACAAUAGAAAAAUAACGAACGCAUUAAAUCAAGAGUUUAUAGAGUGGCGGCUAAUUCCCCCACAUUCACCACACUUCGGUGGUUUGUGGGAAGGAGCGGUUAAAUCCGCGAAACACCAUCUCAAACGCGUUAUCGGAGAUCAGAAAUUGACAUUUGAAGAAUUGUAUACAUUACUGACGCAAGUUGAAUCCUGUUUGAAUUCUCGCCCACUUUCUCCACUUUCCUCAGACCCAACAGACUUAUCUCCAUUAACGCCCGGUCAUUUCUUAAUUGGCACUGCUCUGAACACCUUGCCAGCUCAAGAUCUACGAGAUGUCCAAACUAACCGCCUCAACAGAUAUCAAUUAAUCCAGCAGAUGUUACAGCACUUUUGGCAACGUUGGCAAAAUGAAUGUAUACAUCAGAUGCAACAGAGAUACAAGUGGCAGCGGAAGUCCACUAGCAAGUUAGCGGUGGAUCGGUUGGUUCUCAUCAAGGAGGAUAAUUUGCCGCCUCUUCAAUGGAGUCUGGCACGCAUCGUUCAGCUGCACCCAGGUACAGACGGCAUUGCGAGAGUGGCAACUGUUAGAACCUCCACUGGAACGACCAAGCGACCUGUCACAAAGCUGUGCAUCUUGCCUAUGGAUUGUGAUGCGGACCACACUAAAGAUACGACAUUAUCAGGGCACUGUCAGACCGUAGAAUCACUCAGCGAGGACCAAGCAAAGGCGGCUCAACCAAAACCAACACCCGCAAGGCAAACAGCUCAACCCGCUCAGCUGAGAAGACCAGCUCACACCGCAGUAGCUGCAGCUCAAGCUCGCCAGUCAGCUCCUCGAACCACCGAGAGGCUCUACUCGGAGCGACCAUCGCCCUUCGAGUGCUGCGAUUGCUGCAGAGGGCAACAUUAUAUUGUUGCGUGCGCACUCUUCAGAAGCAUGACGCCCAAGCUGAGAGCUCAGUGCGUGGAAAACAAGCGCCUGUGCUACAACUGCUUGGGCAGGCACAGCGUCCGCUCGUGCAAAUCAACCCAAAAGUGCAAGCAUUGCGGAGAUCACCAUCACACGAUGAUCCACGACAGCGAGCCGAAAACGUGGCCGAUCAGCAAUCAAGCUCAAGCCGGUUCAUCAAAGCAACCCUCCUUAUCCGCUCAGACCACCGAAUAG